AUGUCGGAACAGAAAGAGAACCUCUUCCCCACGAUGGGCGAGAUCGCCACCCGCACCGACGCGUUGCGGGACGUGGAGGACAAUGAUGCGAGGUUGGAUGAGCAGCAGGGCGCUUUGGUAGAUCAGGAAGAGGGCGAAGAGCGGGGGAUGCAGGAGAUGGACAGUCUAUGCAUGAGGUGCCACGACCAGGGGGUGACACGGCUGCUCCUGACGACAAUCCCGUACUUCAAGGAAAUCGUGGUCUCUUCGUUCCGGUGCGAUCACUGCGGGCACAGAGACACUGAGAUACAGAGUGCUGGAGAGAUCCAGGAGAAGGGAGUCACCUACACUGUCCACCUCCGGAAUCGAGCCGACCUCGAUCGUCAGAUUGUCAAAUCCAACUUCGCCUCGGUCCUCAUUCCGGACGUUCAACUCACCAUUCCCCCAGGACGAGGCCAACUCACCACCGUGGAAGGCAUGAUUCGGGACACUAUCCGGGAUCUCAACAUCUCGCAGCCUGUCCGGCGGGUGAUGGACCCAGAUACGGCGACCAAGAUCGACGAGAUGCUGGCGAAGCUGCGGGAGUACAUCGGGCUGGAGGAGGGCGAGGAGGAUGAAGACGGAGGAGUAGGGAUGGAUGACGAUGACGAGCCGCGGGCCAAGCGCUCGGUAGAGGAGCGGGAAAAGGCACUCGCCGAGACCCCCUUCAUCCCCUUCUCGAUGACCAUCGAGGACAUCUCCGGAAACUCCUUCUUCCAGUUCCUCGGCAGCGCCUCGGAUCCCCAGUGGAAUAUGCGGCCAUACAACCGGACAUUCGACCAGAACGUCACGCUCGGCCUGGUGGCGCGUCCAGAGGAGAUGUCGGAUGAGAAGACGGAAGGCGGACCGGUUAUUGCGGAGGACCACAAAUUGCGGAGCAAGGAGGAGUUUGAAUCCCGUCUGACGGGAACGGGACCGGAGAAUAUGGUCAAGCGGGACGAUGGGACGGUCGUGCCGGACGAGGUGUUCUCGUUCCCCUCCACGUGCUCGAGUUGCGGGCACGAGCUCGAGACUUUGAUGCAGCAAGUGGUCAUCCCAUACUUCAAAAAUAUCAUCAUCAUGGCUACCAACUGCUACGCCUGCGGGUACAGAGAUAACGAGAUCAAAUCCGGCGGCGCCAUUUCGGACAAGGGUAAGAAGAUCACCCUCAAGGUAGAGGACGAGGAAGAUCUCUCCCGUGAUCUUCUGAAAUCCGAUACCGCCGGUCUCGAGAUUCCCGAGAUCGACCUGGUCCUCCAGCCCGGAACGCUCGGCGGGCGGUUCACGACGCUCGAAGGUCUUCUCAACGAGAUCUACAAUGAGCUGUCGACCAAGGUCUUCCGAACGGGCGACUCUACCACCUCGGGCGCGGGACAAGGCGGUAAAGGAGCAGCAGCCGGGAGCGAGGACCGCAAAUUCGGAGACUUCCUCUCGGGUCUGAAGGAGUGUAUGGCGGCUACACGCCCAUUCACCCUCAUCAUCGACGACCCGGUCAGCAACUCGUAUCUCCAAAACUUGUUUGCGCCGGACAAGGACCCCAAUAUGGAGAUUGAGGAGUAUGAGCGGACGUUUGAGCAGAAUGAGGAUCUGGGAUUCAACGAUAUGGUGCUCGAGGGGUAUGAGCAGGGGGAGGCUGAUGCGGCGGCGAAGGCGGCAGAGGACAAGGAAGCGAUUGCAGAGUAG